AUGGAUACACAUCGCAAUUACGAAAACUUAGAUUAUGCCAUAGGAUUUGGCAAUCAUGUUGAAACAGAAGCAUUAAAGGGAGCAGUGCCAAAAGGAUAGAAUAGUCCUCAAAAGUGUGCAUACAAUUUGAUAGCCGAAUAAUUUUCAGGCACAGCCUUCACAUUGACCAGAGCAAGCAACCAAAAGACCUGGCUAUAUAAAAUUAGGCCCAGUGCUGCUCACAGUCCCUUCGUAGAAGCUCCUGAAUUUGGAAAAUAUGUAAAAAACGAUUUUAUGAAUGAUCAUGGAGUGACCAUCACUCCUAAUUAACUAAGAUGGAAACGAUUACCCCUACCCGAAAAACCUACUACAUUUGCUGAAGGUUUGGUCACUGUUUGUGGAGCAGGUGAUCCUUCCAUUAAACAAGGAAUUGCAAUAUAUUUAUAUGCUGCCAAUAAGAGUAUGACCAACUCUAGUAUGUUUAACAGUGACGGAGACUUCCUAAUAGUGCCUUGGGAAGGAGAAAUGUUAAUAACCACAGAAAUGGGUAAAUUGACUGUGAAACCAAGAGAAAUCUGCGUCAUCCCUCGUGGAAUCAAGUUUAGUGUAGAAAUGAAUAAACCAAUAAGAGGAUACAUAUGUGAAGUCUUCAAAGGUCAUUUCAAAAUCCCAGAUUUGGGACCUAUUGGAGCAAAUGGUUUAGCCAAUCCAAGAGAUUUCUUGGUUCCAGUUGCUUUCUAUGAGAAUACUGAGGAAGAAUUCCAAAUCAUCAAUAAAUAUUUAGGAAAAUUCUAUAAAUGUACAAAGAAAGGAUCUCCUUAUGAUGUUGUUGGAUGGCAUGGAAAUUAUUACCCAUACAAAUAUAAUUUAGAUCUUUUCAAUGCUAUGGGAACUGUUACUUUCGAUCAUCCCGAUCCAUCUAUAUUCACAGUCAUUACAUGCUAAACUGAUGAGCCAGGAGUUGCUGUUUGUGACUUUGCUAUUUUUCCACCAAGAUGGAUGGUUGCAGAACACACCUUCAGACCACCCUAUUAUCAUAGAAACAUUAUGAGCGAAUACAUGGGAAAUAUUUCUGGUUAAUAUGAUGCCAAAGAGGAUGGUUUCUAACCUGGAUAUGGCUCAUUACAUAGUCUAUUUUAAGGUCAUGGUCCUGAUCAUGAAUCAUUUGAAAAAUGGUCAAAUGUCGAUUUACAACCUAUAAGAUAUCCAUAUGAAAAUUUGGCAUUUAUGUUUGAAAGUACCUAUAUGUUGAAGACAUGCUCCUUUGUCAUGGAUGAUCAAGUCAGCUUGGAUCAUAACUAUUUCCAUUGUUGGGAUAAAUUGGCACAUAACAAAUUAGGAGAUAAACCUUGAUAAUUAUAAAUAUAUAUAUAUCAUUGAUUAUUCCAAUUCAAU